UUGAUUAAUCCAUUCAAACUAAUUAGUUAGUACAAUAGUAUUCAUUGGACAAAUAUAUAAAGCAAUUACUAUAUAUUUUACCUACUUGGUUCCUUCAAUACUGUUAUAAAUCAUUUUUACUGUAAGUCUAUACUUUAUAGUGGCAAAGUUGCUACUUAUACAAUUGAUAAAAAGUCGAUAGCGUACAUCGAUAGUAGUACAGAGUACUUAUGUGAUUCCCCUGUUAAUUCAAUGUAGAUAUUCAACUGUUUGAUAAUAAUUAUAAAAAACUUUGGAAAGUGGGUGUCACCCUGCUGUACAGUAGGUUACAAGUAGGUUACUGUAAUGGAUGGUGUUAAAUUUUAAUUCAAUAAUAAAAAUAUCAUUGUAUAAGAAAAACGAUUCUGAGGGAUGAUAUACUAAAUAGGUAUAUUUGAUGAUAUUAUUGAGAAAAAAAGUAAUUUAUGUAUGAGCUAUUUACAUGGAACCUUGUUUUAAAGUUUCAAUCGUUGAGCUAUACAAUUUGAACAUUUUAUACAUUUUUAACUACAAAAUAAUUAUUAUUAAAUUUUAAAUUUGAUAAAUGUUGUCAAAAAUCAAACUUUAAAUGCUCAUAAAAAAAUUGUGCCUAUGAAUUUUUAAUAUUUUUCAACCACUAUUGAACAAAUAUAUUAGGAGAAUCGCAUUAAAUUUUCACAUAUUUUUAACCAACAAAUAAAAUUUUAUUGAUUAUUAUUGAAAAAAAAAACUAAAAAAAUUGAAAUUUGAAAAUGUCCGUAAACAGCUCAAAACAACUAAAAAUAUUUCGGAAAUUGUAUGGUGUAUAUAGAAUGAGAAUUUCAACAUUCAGUCAAAUUUUCAAGUAUUUACAGUUAUUUGUUUAAGAAUUACAAUGAAAUAACAAAAUUGCUACAUGACAAAUCGAGUGAAUAUCCAAUGUGUUAAAAUAUGAACUUUAAACGCUCUUAAAAAUUUAAAUUGACUUUCUGGUAGAGAUUUUUGUGUUGAUAAAGGUAGAAAAAGUUAUAAGAAAUUUUGUAUUCAAUUUUUAAAACUCAGAUUUAAAAAGAAAAAUUUUUAUUGAUUUCCAACUCAAAAUAAUUUGCACAUUUUUGUGAUUUUUACAUGUUUUUUCAACAUUUGGACUUUAAAUGUUAAUAAAAAAAUAGCUGUAUCUAUGCAUUUUUAAUAUUUUUCAACUGCCAGGGUUAAAAUAUAUUAAAAGCCUUGUAUUAAAUUUUCAUGCUAUUUUACCCCACAGAUAUAAUUUUAUUGACAUUCAUAGAAAAAAAAGAUGGGCAAGUUGGUGUCGCUCUGAUGUACAGAAGUUUACCAGCUGAUCACUGUAAUGGAUGGUGUUAAAUUUAAAUUCAAUGAUAUAAUAUGAUUGUAUAAGAUAAAUAAUAAUCCUUUUUUAAUGAGAAUCAACCAACUUUCUAGCUAUCAUAGUUUAGGAGAAAAGUUAAAAAAUAGAUAUUUUGGGACUGUUCACGCCGACGUUUUUAUGAAUUCAAGUAGUUAUACCGCUUGAGUGUGAUAUCAAAUCCCUCUCAUUAAUAUUUUAUAUUAUAACUAGCUACAUUACCAACCUACUUAUCAUUACUGAGUUACAUGUUUAUUAUUUUCCUAUUUAACACAAAUUCUUGAAGUUUUCAAAAUUGAGACUUUUUUCAUUUCAAUACCAUACUUACUUGAUUAAAAAUCAAGAAAGUAAAAACGAUUCUGAGCGAAAACGUUCAGUCAGCCUAUGAUAUUACUAAGUAUAUUUUAUGAUAUUAUUGUGAAUAAUUUAAUUAAUAUAUUUACCUAUUUAUGAGGAACCUUGUUUUAAAUUUUCAAUCCUUUAGCUAUAAAAUUUGAACAUUUUAUAAAUUUUUAACUACAAAAUAAUUAUUAAGUUUUAAAUUUGAUAAAUUUUGUCAAAAAUUGAACUUUAAAUGCUCAUAAAAAAAAAUUUUGCAUAUAUAUUUUUAAUAUUUUUCAACUUCUAUUGUAAAAAUAUAUCAGGAGCCUUGCAUUACAUUUGCACGCUCAUUUACACAACAAAUACAAUUUUAUUGAUAUUUAUAGAAAAAAAACUAAAAAAAAUUGAUAACUGACAAUUUCCAUAAGCUGACCAAAAAGAAUCAAAACAUUUUUAAUUUUUUUGGUGUAUAGAAAAUGAAAAUAUAAACAUUCAGUUAAAUUUUCAUGUAUCUACAGUUAUCCGUUUUUGAAUAACAAUAAAAUAACAAAACCGCUAAAUGAAAAAUUGAGUGAAUAUCCAAUAUUGUAAAAAUUUUAAUUUAAAACGCUCAUAAAUAUUAAAUUUUAUUAGCUUGUAGAAAUUUUUUUUUGAUAAAGGUAGCCAACUAAUGAGGGAUCUUGUAUUACAUUUUCAAAUCUUUGAUUAAAACAGAAUAAUUGUGUUUGGAUCUCAUGGUUUUCUUAUCAUUUUAAAUUCAAUGCUGUUAUCUAUUGUUAAUUUUACACUCGUGAAUUCUUGGCGAUCGGAAGUAUCUGAUAUUUAUUUGUUGUUUUCAUUAAAUUCCGUGGUUAAUAUGGAAAACUGUCGAAUGGAAACGGACGCUCACUUGAUGUCGCAAGCACAACAUUAUGCACAAGCUCAAUAUGUUACAAUACAAAGAACAUUAGACGGACGGUUACAGAUUCUUGCGUGUAUCAUCCAGGUAACCUUUUUUUUCAUAACGCCUACAUGGGAUGGUCGUGCUGUAAAAAUGAAUCUACCAAUUUUACUGAAUUUCUUAAUAUAAAGAGCUGCACAAAGGGUUGCCACAGCAGUAAAAAGCCAUAAGAGCCCGAAAAUCGUUACCUAGACCAUCAGUUAAUUUGCCAUUGAUAAAUAUUAAUCCGGCCAUUUCCUCUACUAACUUACAACAAAGGACGGCUACUUCUUAAAACAAUUCCAAUUGAAAUAGUUUAACAGAUAUUUCAAUUGGUUAUAUGUGUAAAAACAAUGGAUGCAAACAGCUAUGAAGGUGCUGAGAUUAUUUCUUGUGAUCAUCAUCCCAGUACACUUAUAUUCCAUGAGGGUAUGAAAUAUUGGUCCCGUUGUAAAAAAAAGAUGUCAGAUUUCCAUGCAUUUUCAGAACAAAUUGGAUGUUUUCAAAGAAAACAUUGUUGGAUUAACGACUGGCAUCAGAGUGGACCUUGGGUCGUAAUAUCAAUCUUUGCCAAGAAAUAUGACCCAAACAAUUCUUUUGUGAAAUUGUCUCCAGUAAAACUGUCUGUGGAACUAUACUCUCCGUUUGACAAUUAUGUGUUUUCUAAAAACAUGGAACUUUAUGGAAUUGUCGACGUGAAUGCAAGUUGUGUGUCCAUGUUGCCUAUAAAAGUCGAAAUAAAACUUAAAAAACAGAAGCAGUGUCAUGGGGUGUAUUGGAAUAUCGAAAGCGUAAACUUUAAAAUGUUACAAAAUAAACUUUUAAUUCAGAACAAAUGAUAAACAAAAAAUUCAAAUGUCUUUGUUGAAAGUGUUGACUUUGGUGUAUUUAAAUAUAUAGUAGUUUAAGUAUUGAAUAUUUCCCAAUGUAAACCAAAUCAUAGAUAUACAACAUAUUCAUCACUUAACUAUUUAGCCAAAAACAUUUAAACGAGAACAAAAAUUCUAGGUACCAAAUUUACCAUUUCAUUAUAAAUAAUAACAUAAUAUAUAACCUAUCAAAAUUCAUUGAUUUUAUAUUUUCAAUUUAAUUUCUUUGAGAUGAUGAACUAAUGACAUUUAAAGUUAUAUGGAUAGUAAAAAUAAACUGAUAUCACACAAAUAAACUAUUUAAAAAUAAUUCACGAUUAUGUAAAUUUAAAACAGGUUAUAUUAUACUAAUAUAGAAAUUUAAGUCCUAUAAAUCUUUUAUAUAUUCUCCUUUUCGCCCUUAGAACGUAUCUUAUAUAGAUACCAUUCCCAUAGUCCAUUGUUCAUAAACAACACAUAUACUAAAAUAGUAAAUAGAAUAAAUAGAUACGUAUCAUUAACCAUCUCACUUUAAGCAUAUUAUUGGUGAUAAUAUUAACUAUAAAAUGUAAAAAAUACUAAAAACCAAUUUAACUCAAGUUAAAUUGUUGUAAAAGUUAGGUAAUAAGUUUUUAUUUUGUUUAAA